UCCUGUUCACUGUGCUAGAAAUCCAUUAAAUGAGUAAGCAGGGAUAGAUGGUUCCCUAGGACAAAGAUUUUACUGGAGUCUGUGGUAACUGAGAAUAGGCUUCCAAGUAAUUCCCCCUGAUUUUGCGCUGAAGGCGUGUGUGAGGCAUUGCAAACUGGGAGGUGGCUGCUAAAGACCCCGUCUCUUGCUGUCAGACUGUAUCGGGUAGUAGUUAGAAACAUUUCCUGGGAUGUGUGAGUGGUAACUGCAGCACAGAGAAUCCAGAUAGUUUCUCCUAGAAUGUAAGGUGAACUGCUAGUCUCAGGGUGGAUGGCAUAAUGCACUGAGCGUGACUGAAAGAAAAUUAUUUUGCUUAAACUACCUGAAAGAAGGCUGCUACUUCUCAUCUUUAAGCACCUAUUAAGUCAUCCCGUAUUACUCAGUGUAAUUACGGAGGCUGCAGAAGGAAUUCCUGAUAGCAAACAGUGUUGAAAUGUACAAUUUAGGCUUAAAACCGAAAUGAUUUAAAAUAGAUUUUUCUGCGAGUUAAGGGAGCCCCGGUGUGAUUGUCACCGCAAUCAGACGCUGCUCUGCACUCAGGGCUUUUUUGGCCUCUCCUGCUUGCUUUCUCAUACCACGUUGGCAAGCUGCAACAAGUGAAAACUCCACCCUUCCUACAGACUGGGGAGAAUAAGAUUCAUAAACGGCAACAGCUGGCGAGUAAAAUCGGGGUUUCUCUGAAGGUGCUGUUUUUUCAGGCAGUCACUGUGUGCCGCUGAGAAAGGGGCGGGAUUCUUUUCAAGUAGGUUAGUUGUGAUUUGCUGAAUUCGUAGACUUUUCCCCUCAAAACCCCAGCCCUCUCUCUCUCUCUCUCUUUUUUUUUUUUUUUUUCCUCCUUCUGAGAGAGAGAGAAAGGGAGAGGGAGAGAAGUUGACUUGUGGCUGCAUCUCAGCGCGCACGUCCGCGUUGAUCUGGUCCCCAGAGCCUCGCCUGGCACCAUGAGCUCGGAAGCCGAUGAGCCCAAGGAAGAUGAAACAAAUUGUGUCUUGAAGUCCAUGAGAAGACUAUAGCAUUUAACUGCAUGGCAUGAUUUCAGUCUGGUGUUGAUUGGUGGCUUGUGACCUACCACAGAAGUGGCCACAGAUGUCUUCAACUCCAAAAGUCUGGCCAUUCAGGCCCAGAAGAAGAUCCUUGGAAAAAUGGUGUCCAAAUCAAUAGCAACUACUUUGAUCGAUGAUACAAGCAGUGAUGUUUUAGAUGAGCUUUACAGAGUAACAAAGGAAUAUACACAAAAUAAAAAAGAAGCAGAGAAGAUCAUCAAAAACCUCAUUAAAAUAGUCCUCAAAUUGGCAAUUCUCUACAGGAACAACCAAUUUAAUCAGGAUGAAAUAGCGCUGAUGGAGAAAUUCAAGAAGAAGGUUCAUCAGCUGGCUAAGACCGUGGUCAGUUUCCAUCAGGUGGAUUAUACCUUUGACAGGAACUUUUUGUCCAAACUCUUGAAUGAAUGUAGAGAGCUGCUCCAUGAAAUCAUUCAGCGUCACCUAACUGCGAAGUCACACGGACGCGUCAACAAUGUGUUUGAUCACUUCUCUGAUUGUGAAUUUUUGGCUGCCUUGUACAAUCCCUUUGGACCUUAUAAAAUCCAUUUGCAGAAACUUUGUGAUGGGGUCAACAAAAUGCUAGAUGAGGGGAACAUAUAAGUACUUGUAUUAGAGGUGACUGCCUAUGAGUUAUUUGUAGAUGGAACACUGUUGAUUUAUGAAGGAAUAAAGGAGCAUGCAAAGAGGUUUUUUUACAUUAUGACAAAUUUUUCCUAAAUAUCUUUAUUAAUUGAUUUCUUACCAUGCGCUAUCUGUUGCUAUUCUCAGUCCAUCUGGAAGAAAAACUGCACAUGAUUUUUUUUACUGUGCUUUGUCUAUGGAAACAGCUUGAUAAAGACAAUCAAACAGAAUGGUCCAAGUAGAGUAAGAAUCUUGCAAGAUAGAUACACAAACCAAAACAAUAUGCUGUCAGACAAUCCACAUCUUUCAUAGAUUUACAGAAUUAAUUCUAAACUAUCAGAAUCCAGUAAUGUUGGUAACAGACUAUCGUGGUGAUGGUUCACUCUGUAAUUUCUUUCAUUUACUUGUAAAAUAGUCAUAUUUGAUUCAGUUAUAGUCUUUUAUGCUCUCUGCACAGAUAACAGCUUCCUAGUGUUGCCAUUAUGAAGCAUUGAGUUUUAAAUAAAAUCAGUGAUGCUGUCACAUAGAGUCUUAACAGCAGGCUUGUGCAUCUCCAGCUCAGAGGUGAAAACUUCCUGUCUGCAAGGCAGGAUCUCCCAGGUAGAGAUCCUUAUAGACCUGCACAGGUGCUUGCUUCCUUUGACUACGUGGGGAUUAUUUGAGGAAUAAGCUACAGGAAAAUAGCCAAACAGGGGAAGAGCAUUCCCAAGAAAGUGCUUGUGGUACAGAAUUGUACAGUCUGCCUAAGAUAAGAUAAAACACAGUGACUUCUCUGUGCAAUUCCUUAAGAUUUUUAGAAUUCUGCUAGUAGAAUCAUAGAAUCAAUCAUUUGGGUUGGAAGGGUCACAAUUCUUUUCUAAAAGAUGUGAGUCAGUAUAUUGAUAUACUAGUCUGAUGUGUAUGAUGAUGUGAAUUCGCCAAAUUUGAUAAAUAAAUUGCAAGCCAAUUUGCUUUGUAUACAAUGAAAGUAGAAAAAGAAAUUAAUGUUAUAAUUGUGUUAUAUACUAUUUAACUAAUGGAAAAAUGGAAUUUUAAAUAAAUUUUUUUCUUCUUUUCUUACUUCCUACCUUUUAUCCUUCUUUUUCUUUCUCAUCUUCUCUCUGCCUUAACAUUGGGGAUAAAAAAUGUGACUUUCUAGACACUGUAAUGUACUUAAAAGCAUGAAGUUAAUACAUUUCAAACAGCCAAAGACUUUUUGUUAGGAAGCAUAUAAAGAAUUUGCUGUUUAUUUAAUUGCCAGUGUUUUUGCUGUUUGCUGUGUCCUUUUGUUUUAAUGAGUAAACCAAAGAAUAUUUGCACUCCAAACUUCUUGUCUUUUUUUUCCCUUAUCGUAUUUUAAAUUCAAAAUUGUGCCAGCAUCAAAAGCAUUGCAACAUCUGACAUACAAUUUCAGCAUUACUUGUGAUUUUUAAGAGAGAAAUUUAAGUUUUAUUCCUGUUAGGUUGGUCAUUAGGCUCUCAAUAUUCCUGGAAACCUGUUGGAGAAAUGUGUUCAGAAUGUGAAUUCAUUUUAUGUUAGCCACUGGUGUUCUUCUCUCUCGAAGAUUGAUGUACUACUUGUCUGGAAACGGCUGGGAACCGAUGAAAGGACAAUACACCAGAAUUUGGCAAGAAGUAACUUAUUAGGUUGACAUCUGAAGGAGUAUCAUGUAAGAUCUCUUCCCAUGCUUUGCCUAAACAGCAAAUACAUUGUGUUUUGUGCAUCAGAAGUCAUGUAUAGAAAUACAUCAUCAUGGAGAAAAAUCACGCAAAUUGUAAA